AUGGUACUCACUGCUGAACCUCCAGCCAGCAUGCAAAGGUCCUUUGACGUCCAAAUCAGCCACCCACUGCCCAGGAGGGAGAAGGAAACUGAUACAUCCCCAAAGAAUCCACGCCAGAGGGCUCCUAAGUCAAGUCGCUAUCCAGAAGCCCAAGGGAGGAAAGGUCGGAGGCAAAAGGAGAAGCCAGAGAUGAAGGAGGUGAAGAUGGAACAGGACAAAGAACUGAAGUUGAAACCCACUGUGGUGGACAUUGAUAGUGUGCGAGACGAAGUCAAAGAGGAAACUCUGAGACUCCUGGAAGCAGCAGAGCAGGAAGACGGUCUGAAGCGCAAAAACCUGGAUGUCUUUGAGUGGCUGCUGAUGGUCAUUGCCUUGGUUCUAGUGCUCCUUUUUCUCCCUGUUUCCAUCUGGUUCUGCAUCAAAAUUGUGAGGGAACACGAGAGAGCCGUAAUCUUCAGACUGGGGCACUUACUUUGUGGAAGGCCGAGGGGUCCAGGCCUGCUGUUCUAUCUUCCUCUACUUGAUGUGUGCCACAUAGUCGACGUCCGUCUGAAAAUGCUCCGGGUCUCUCCUCAUGGGGUUGUAACAAAGGAUCUGGUGAGACCAGAGCUGAGCGCUGUAUGCUUCUACCAGAUAGAGAACCUGGCUCUGUGCAGUGCAGCGCUAUCCAGUCUGACCAUGGUGCUGCAGAGUCUUGUCCAAGCAGCCAUCAGGGACAUUUUUGCCCAGCAUACAUUCAUCUACACCCUGCAGCACAGGCGGAGAAUCGGAGAGCAAAUACGAACAACAGUUGAUGCUGUUGCAUGUCGCUGGGGCAUCAGGGUGGAGAGAGCCGACAUAGAUGAGCUCAGUUUUCCUGUGGAGUUACAACAGACUGCCUUUGCUGAGGCUGAGUCCAGGAGACAACAGCAGGCUGGAGUAAAAGCAACAGAGAGCGAGAUCGCUGCCUGGGAAGGCUUUCGGGCGUCUCUUCGCUUUCUCCACCCUGCUCUGGUCCUUCCUCUCCCUCCAGAUCUUCUCAACCUGAACACUGACGUCUCUUCUCUGCCACCGCCUCCACCUCCUGCUGUGGAUACAGAGGAAGGGAUGACCAUGGGGGAGUCAGAGACAGACUCGCCAAUGAUGUGA